AUGGUCGACACCGAGACAAACGAUGCCACCCAACGUAGCAUGUCCAAAGAUGAAGGCCGACUUCGAGAAUUGGGUUACAAGCAAGAGUUGAAACGUGACUGGUCCAUGAUUCACAAUUUUGGUGUUUCUUUCAGCAUCAUCUCCGUUAUCACUGGUAUCACCACAUUGUUUAGCUAUGGACUGAACACAGGUGGCCCUGGAGUCAUGUCUGUGGGAUGGAUAAUCGUCAGCUUCUUCACCAUGUUUGUAGGCUUGGGAAUGGCCGAAAUUGUCUCUGCAAUUCCAAGUGCAGGAGGCCCAUACUUUUGGUCUGCGAUCCUUGCGCCUCCGAAAUGGGCCCCGUUUGCUGCGUGGGUUACAGGCUGGUUCAAUUUACUCGGCCAGGUGGCUGUGACAACGGGUAUCACAUUCGGCGGCGCAGGCCUCAUCUCCACCCUGGCGAGCAUUAACGGUUAUGAGCCCAGUGCUGGUCGAACCCUAGGCAUCUACGCUGCGAUGCUCUUUUCUCAUGGCAUCGUCAACUCGUUUGGCGUCCACAUUCUGCGUUACCUGAAUAAUGCAUCGAUUAUUCUUCAUUCACUGGGCGUCUUUUCGUAUGCCGUGGCAAUCAUUGCAAAAGCACCAACACAUCAAAGUGCUAAAUUCGUGUUUGCGACAUUCUACGAUGGUACUGGAGAUCCAGGAUGGUCUGUCCGCGCUUCCCCUGCUUAUGUGGCAUGCGUCGGCAUCUUAAUGAGCCAGUACACCAUCACUGGGUUUGACGCCAGCGCUCACUUAUCGGAGGAAACUCGCAACGCAUCUUGGUCGGCUCCCAUUGGCGUGUUGAUGUCGAUUGGCUGCUCGGCGGUCUUCGGCUGGUUCCUGAUCCUGUGUCUCUUAUUCUCGAUACAAGAUUUUGACACAACCAUCACAUCCGAAUAUGGCAACCCAGUGCUUCAAAUUCUCGUCGAUUGUUUUGGACACGACUCCGCCAUCGUUCUGUUCGUGCUGGUUAUUGUAUGCGUGUGGCACUGCGGUCUAUUCAGCAUGACGUCAAAUUCGCGCAUGAUGUUCUCGUUUGCACGAGACGGAGGGAUUCCCCAUUUCUUCCACAAGGUGGACAAACGGUUCCGGAGCCCGAUCCGCACAAUCUGGCUGGCUGCGUUUCUUUCAUUCCUCCUUGCUGUGCCUAGUGUCGGAUCGAGUGUCGCCUUUGCUGCCGCGACCUCAAUCGCCACCAUUGGGCUGUACAUCUCGUAUGGACUUCCUAUUCUCAUUGGAAUGGUCAAUCCAGAAGGGUUUGUUCAUGGUCCUUUCAACCUCCGCUGGUUUUCACGACCCGUGGCACUCAUUGCGUGUCUCUGGAUUGCUUUUAUCAGCAUCAUCUUUUGUCUCCCCACGGUGAACCCCGUCGACAGCCAGACACUCAACUAUACGCCAGUUGCGGUUGGUGUGAUUGGGUUCUGGUGUUUGGCAAGCUGGGGACUGUGGGCACGCAAGUGGUUCAAAGGACCGAUUCGACAAGUCGAGGCAGAACUCGCAGGGGUCAAUGUGGAUGAUCCAGAUGCCAUGGACCGUGCCGAAAGGGAAGGCAAGGUGCCUGAGAUUGAUGCCAUCACCAACAGCCCGGCAGCUGGGAAGAGUUUAUUAGCGUCAUUGAAACAAGACUACAAGGGGUAA